CUCACGCCAGAUUCGGAUCCUCCAUCAAGAAGGCGCACUGUUUCUCCGGCUCAGCUCAUUUCAGUACUCCAGCGCAGCCACAGGCUCACCAGCCGAAGUUUACGCACAGGGAUGCGGGCGCGUGGAGCCGCCUGAAAAUGGCUCACUUUAGGAUUUACUCUUUCCUCGCUUCUUUUCACAUAUUAGUGUUGUGUCAAGCCUUGAGGAAUUAUCCUGAUAAUGAAGUUACUCUGCUCGACUCUAUGUCCGCCCCAGGUGAUCUGGGUUGGGAAGCGUAUCCAUCAGAGGGGUGGGAGGAGAUCAGUGUUAUGGACGAGAGGAACAUACCUAUGAGGACGUACCAGGUGUGCAAUGUAAUGGAAGCCAGUCAGAACAACUGGUUGCGCACUGGACUGAUCCAGCGAGAGGGCGCUCAACGUGUCUAUGUGGAGAUCAAAUUCACUCUGCGUGAUUGCAACAGCCUGCCGGGCGUCCCUGGAACCUGUAAGGAGACGUUUAACGUGUACUUCCAUGAAUCCAACAAUGCAGUCGCAGCUCCUUUGCGGCACAUUCGUGAGAGCCAGUAUGUGAAGAUCGACACUAUAGCGGCCGACGAGAGCUUCACGCAGACGGACGUUGGAGAUCGUGUCAUGAAGCUGAAUACGGAAGUGCGAGACAUCAGUGGUCUCAGUAAGAGAGGCUUGUACCUGGCGUUUCAGGACCUAGGGGCUUGCAUUGCUUUGGUGUCGGUGAGAGUCUUUUAUAAGCGAUGUCCGCUGGCGGUGCUCAAUCUGGCCAGGUUCCCGGACACGGUGACGGGCGGCGAUUCGGCGCUGGUGGAAGUGCGUGGCACUUGUGUGGAGGAUGCGGAAGAGCUGGAGGGACCACGGAUGUUUUGCAGUGCUGACGGAGGUUGGCUGGUGCCCAUCGGCCGUUGUGUGUGCCGGCCAGGCUUCGAGGAGGUGGAUGGACACUGCCAACCAUGUCGGUCAGGCUUUUACAAGGCCUCGGCCAUGGAUGCGUACUGUGUGAAGUGUCCUCCACACAGCUACUCCCACCAGGACAAAGCCUCCGAGUGCGUGUGUGAGAGAGGCUUCUAUAGAGCGGAAUCUGACCCUCGCUCCAUGGCGUGCACAAGACCCCCCUCGGCACCCGGCAACCCUAUUUCAAUGGUGAACGAGACUGCAGUCACUCUAGAAUGGAGUCCUCCUCGGGACAGUGGUGGACGUGGAGAUGUUACCUAUAGUGUCCACUGCAGGAAGUGUUCGGGAGAUACAGGGGCUGCAGGGGACAGUGAGAAGUGUGUUCCCUGCGGCAGUGGUCCACAUUUCAACCCCAGGCAGUUUGGCUUGACGCACCCCAGGGUUCUGGCCACAGAACUACAGCCUCACACCAAUUAUACCUUCAGCAUAGAAGCCCUGAACGGAGUGUCAGAUCUCAGCCCCAGUCCACGUCAACUAGUGUCCGUCAAUGUAACCACCAGUCAGACAGUGAGCGUCAUCUUAAAGGAAAGGAAGGGCACUGACAGUGUAACGCUGGCAUGGCAGGGUCCAGAACCUGCCGACGGGACCGUGGUGGAAUAUGAAGUCACCUAUUAUGAAAAGAACCAGCAUGAUCAGAACUACACUGUCCUGAAGACCAAAUCCAACAGCAUGACGGUGGACGGACUCAAGCCGGGAACCACAUACAUCUUCCGAGUUCGAGCCCGUACGGAUGGUGGCUAUGGGAACUACAGGGGAGAGAUUGAGUUGGAGACGAGCCAUGAAGAUAUGCUGGCGGUUGGAGAUCCCAACCAGCAAACCAUACUGGCCAUCUCAGUGGCUGGAGGUGCAGUGCUUCUGGUCUUGCUGGUGGCCUGUUUUGUUGUGAGCGGACGGCGCUGUGGAUAUAUUAAAGCAAAGCAGGACCCGGAGGAAGAGAAAAUGCAGUUUCAGCAUGGACGAGUCAAACUUCCCGAAACCCGCACGUACAUUCACCCGCACACAUACGAGGACCCAAACCAGGCGGUGCGAGACUUCGCCAAAGAAAUCGAAGUUUCCAACAUCCGGAUUGAGAGAGUUAUUGGGGCUGGUGAGUUUGGAGAGGUUUGUAGUGGGCGUCUGAGGCUACCCAGUAAAAGGGAGAUCCAGGUGGCCAUCAAGAGUCUGAAAGCCGGAUACUCGGAGCAGCAGAGACGUGACUUUCUGAGUGAGGCCAGCAUCAUGGGCCAGUUCGACCAUCCCAAUAUCAUUCGACUGGAGGGAGUCGUCACCAGAUGUAAGCCUGUGAUGAUAGUGACAGAGUACAUGGAAAAUGGAUCUCUGGACACUUUUUUGAAGAAACACGACGGGCAGUACACGGUGAUCCAGCUGGUGGGAAUGAUGCGUGGGAUAGCCGCAGGGAUGCAGUACCUUUCAGAGAUGAACUAUGUGCAUCGGGAUUUGGCGGCACGAAACAUUCUGGUGAACGGAAACCUGGUGUGUAAAGUGUCUGACUUCGGGCUGUCACGUGUGCUGGAGGACGAUCCAGAGGCGGCGUAUACUACACGGGGGGGUAAGAUUCCCAUUCGAUGGACAGCCAGUGAGGCCAUCACCUACAGGAAGUUCACAUCAGCCAGUGACGUGUGGAGUUACGGCAUUGUCAUGUGGGAGGUGUUAUCCUAUGGGGAACGACCGUACUGGGAAAUGUCCAAUCAGGACGUGAUAAAAGCAAUAGAUGAAGGCUACAGGCUACCGGCUCCAAUGGACUGUCCGGUGGUGCUUCACCAGCUCAUGCUAGACUGCUGGGAAAAGAACCGCAGCGAUCGGCCCAAAUUCGGGCAGAUUGUCAACACCCUGGACAGGCUGGUCCGGAACCCAAGCAGCCUGAAACAGCUGGCCAACUCUGCAGUCUGGGAGGACCCAGUAACUCCUGACACGGGGGUCAACACAGUGGAUGACUGGCUGGACUUGAUUAAAAUGGGUCAAUAUAAGGAACAAUUCUGUAGUGCCGGCUACGUCACCCUGGACUCGAUUCUGUAUGUCAGUUCCAGUGAACUGGAUAAGAUGGGCGUAGCACUGGCAGGCCAUCAGAAAAAGAUCCUAUCUAGUAUCCAGUGUCUUCAGGCACAGCAUGGGACUCAAGUUCAGCACUGAAGUUCCUCAGCCCUACAGGAGAAUGGGCGGGUACUUUCCCUUUUGUGAUCAGCAUCUAGAAAUCUUCUAAGGCAGUUGAUCACUCUGGAUAUUCAAAGACUGUGGAUAUGUAUUUAUCCAAGUGAAGUAAGGACAAGGAUCAACACCAUGUGACAUCACAGCACUGUGAACAUCACGCUCCACUCCUCAUUGUACAGAAGAAGACCUUGAGAAGAAACACCGAUCGUGUCUUGUAAAUCUUUUUUUGCGAGUGAUACUAGUACGAUUUUCUUCAAUAAUGUGAACUGCGAGGAUGAGGAAACCUUCAGCGAGAUGUCCUUGAAGACUUGUGUAUGUGGAAAUAGUUUAGAAACAUUCAGCUCGCCUUUAGAAAGCAAUGAAGCACUGAUCUCUCUUUCAUGCGUACACACACACACUUAAACGGUACGUAGAAGGACCGCUCCUUGACCCCUAAUGCCACGCCGUGCUCCUGUCAAGCCCUCGGCAAUGUCUUUGGAAUAUGUCAAUUCCACCGCGGAGAACCCAGAGUUUCGAGGGCCCACGCUUGUCACUUUUGGCAAAUUCUGACAUCUGAUGAAUAGCAACUGCGAAACGAGAGACGUUUAAGGAAUGCAAAGUAACUGUGGCUCCAGACACAGGACAGCGUGACGAUGUCAUGAAGAGGGCAGAUGUCGUCCUUCCUUCACACUGGCAGCAGCUUUCGGACCUUUUCAACACGCUUUUUGUGGAGCCAGUCCAUUUGAUGUGGCUUUUCUUCAAAUUUCUUUGCAUAUUUAAAGUAUUUCGCCUCAUUAAACGCAUUUCAUCAUGAACGUGAGCCGUUAUGGACAUCUUUGUUGGAAGGAGACAGGAUGUGUUGAGCAUUUAACGAGGGAGCCUUUAUCCCUAAAUCGUCAUGGUGUUGAUGGAGCUGCACUCGGUGGACUGUCGAACCUGUAUUUGUGUUGGACCCCUUUUAGCGUAGCACUCUGAUGGUUACCGAAUGCUUGGUACCUUCUGAUUACGUUGUUAGAUUUGAUUGCAAAAUGGUGGAGCAUGUACAUUUCGUGCACCAUGUUCACAAUCCCGUGUAAAAAGUUGUCCGCAACAGAUGCUGGUGCUUUGAAAAUAGGUUCAUCCUCCAUUUUCUGGUUCCUCGCCCCAUGUUUCUUGGCAGUGCUUUGUUUUCGCACUUGGAAAUGGUGUGAUUUGAAGAAGAAAAGAUUGUAUUGCAGUAGAAAUCGAGACAUUGUACAGUGUUGGUUAUUGUAUUUGUACAGUAAUGACUUAGUGUUUUGAAGGUUUUUGUCAGUUGUAAAUUAAGGUGGUAACUCUUAUUUUAACCUUCAACUCUAGCUUUGAACAGACAAGGAUUGUGAGGCUGUAGAAUGUAAUGGACUAUUUAGCUUUAUGGUGUUGGGUAAAGCUAAGCAUUCUCAGGAUUGUUUUUUUUUUGUCACUGAUACACAAUUCAAAAUGGCAGCGGAUCAGACAGAACCGCCUACUCAGUUUUGUCGUCUACGGAUUUACUUCCUGUUUGAUGCCUUUUAGUUUCAGUGUUCAUAUUUAUGUUUUGUCAUCAUUUACUUUUGGUGUUUUUUCAUUUUGUCUUGUUUUCCAGUAAAAAAAAAGUUAACAUAAGAAUAAUAUGUAAACAUAACAUUGUUUUCUUGCAUGAUUCUAAGAAACUUUAGUGGAGUCUAUGCUUAUAGUUUGUCAAGUGGGUAAAAAGUUUUAUUCAUGAUGCUGCAUAUCCCCUAAAACGCAUUAGUUUCUACAAUCUCCACUACGUUACACCUCGCUACUGGUCAGUAAGAUUUUUUUGAAAGAUAUUGAUACUUAUAAUUCAGCAAGGUUGUGUUUAAUUGAUCAAAACUGUAUUUUAACAUGUUAAAACAGAUUUUUAAGUUGUAUUCAUUUUACAAUUUUACUGUU